UAGACUAGACUAUUUUUUCAGUAUAAUAGACUCCUAGCUCACGCCCGUUAGUCAAUCCGGUUCCAAAUCUAAUGCAAACAACUAACCCGGUUCACCCGGGCCAUUAAUCCAAUUCCCCUCAGUGGGCUGAUAGUGGCAGGUGAUAAAUAGCCAAUUGUAGGUCAGAUCAAAGACCGCGUGAUCAUUGUUUUUCUCUGUUUUUUGUUGUUGUCCGUGGAUUAAAACUGUCGAGUCGAAUGACCCCAACACAUACCGAGAAGCUUGUUGUGAACCGUGUUUACAUGUUCGUUUGAUUUCGCUGUUACGAGAGUCAAUGAAUUCUUCAGAUUUCCACCAACCGUCAUCAAGAAACUGCUUCAUGAAGGAAUAAACAAAUGAAAGCUGCCUUCCGAGACCAAGAGGGAUGUCUCUGAGAUGUGUUCCAGAUUCUUGUGUGCUCAAAGUAAGCAGAGUAGCGAACUUCUGGCAUACACAAGGUCAACGAGCAGCAUCACUUCCAUUGUCUUCUCAACAACACCCUCCUUGUAGGUUUGAUGUCCGAGCAGGCCUGAGCCACAAAGUUGGCUUUCUCAGCUGGAAGUAUACCCACAGCACAAAAAGUAGAAUUCGCAAUAAGAUCUGGCUCUCCAGAGCUAGUCAGAUAAGACACAGGCUUGGCCUCCACACCAGUGUCUACUACUUAAAUACAUCCACCUCACGCUGGUCCACUGGUCUCAGCCACACCAUGUCGCGCUUCAGGAGCACCCUGGACUCCGUCUCCAAGGCGGUGAGCGGGUCACACGCUGAGCUCCUCUCCAAGAUAGCCCGGCUCAAAGCCAAACCUAAACAGAAGGCCAUUGAGGCUGGCAAAGUGUUGGAAGCCAACCCGGAGAUGGGGCUAACACCACAGGGUCAUGGUACUGUAGGGUACCCAGCUCUAACCCCAGCCCCAGUUCCUGCCUAUACCUCCGCUAACACCACUGUUAAUGCUAAUGCACCUUCUCCAAUCCCUGCCUCGGUGUCUGCCCCUAGUCCUCCACCUACUACAGCCACUGCUUCUACACCCACACCUACUCUAUCUCCAACACUUACACCUACUCCAUAUCUUACACCUGGCCCUACUCCUGGCAUUACCGCCAGUGUCCCUCCCAUUGCCACCCCUCGCCCCAACAUUGCCAGGGCAAAUGCUGCUGUCUCAGGCCCCAGUAUCCAGGAAGUCAGACAGAGGAGGAUGCAGCGUGCAGCCACAGCAUCCAUUGUCACAACCACUGUGGCCACCAACGGGACCACCAAUGGGACCACCAACGGGACCACCAAGAGGCUGGAGCAGGUCAGAUCACCACUACCAACAGAGAGUAGUGCACCUGAGAGAGCCACCACCACAGUCUCCCAACAGACCACAACACAACUCUUCCAUCCCAGCUCCUUCUCAGUUAACCUGGAUGAGACCUACAACUACCUGUCCCACCACGUGAACUCGUACUUCAGCAACAUAACAAAGUCUGAUGAGGAUAAAGAGCAUAACACAGACCGUGGUUCCACUGACCUCCUGCCGAUGUCAGAAAAACCGUCCCCAGGGUCUGCUACACCCGUAAGUUCCCCAUCUUCUAAAAAGGGUAUCGGCCGUUACCUAUCCUACUCUGGUGACACUGUACAGGCCUUUGUAGGGAGCUACAUUGCUCCCCUGGUCCCCAGGUUUAGCAGGGCAGCUGCUGAACCCAAGAGUGCUGCUGGAGAGCAGAAGAGGUUGAAGGCACAAGAGGCAGGAGCAAAGCCAUGGCAAGGAGAGGUGGCAGUGAAUACGGAACAGAAGGCUGCUGAGGAGAGGGCCAAGAGACUGCUGCUCCAAAGAGAGAAGAUCAUAGCCAGGGUGAGCGUGGACAACCGGACCCGGUCCCUGGUGAAGGCGUUAAACCGAGCGUCUGAUGUCAGGGUCUACAUCAACAGAGUGGAGGAGCUCAGCUUUCAUCUGCUGGAGUUUCCAGAGACUCGCGGGGUGGCUGUCAAGGAGAAGGCGAUCCCGUGCCUACUGCGUCUCCGCCAGGCUGAGGACCAGUCUCUGAAGGCAGCAGUCAGGGAGGCCCUCACGCUGGUGGGAUACACCAACCCUGUCAAGGGCCAGGGAAUCAGGGUCCUGUCCAUCGACGGAGGGGGAACCAGGGGACUGAUUGCCCUUCAGACUCUGCAGAAACUGGAAGCCCUGACGGGAAAACCCAUCUACCAACUGUUUGAUUACAUCUGUGGUGUCAGCACAGGUUCCAUCCUGGGCUUCAUGCUAGGUGUGUUCCAGAUCCCUCUAAAUGAGUGUGAGGUGCUCUACAGGAAGCUGGGUUCUGACGUCUUCAAGCAGAACGUCAUCGUGGGAACCGUCAAGAUGGGCUGGAGCCACGCCUUCUACGACUCCGAGACCUGGGAGAACAUCCUCAAAGAAAAAAUGGGCUCUGAUCUGAUGGUGGAAACAUCAAGAAACCCCAAAUGCCCAAAGAUGGCAGCAGUGAGUACCAUCGUGAACAGGGGCACUCCUCUGAAGGCCUAUGUGUUCAGGAACUAUAACCUUCAGCCAGGGGUGCGCUCCCACUACCUGGGGGGGUGUGAACACAAGCUGUGGCAGGCCAUCAGAGCGUCCUCCGCUGCCCCAGGGUACUUCCAGGAGUUUGCCCUGGGACACGACCUUCACCAGGAUGGAGGUCUCCUCAUCAACAACCCCACAGCGUUGGCCAUCCAUGAGUGUAAAUGCCUGUGGCCCAAUACGCCUGUCCAGUGUGUGGUGUCACUGGGUACGGGCCGCGUGGAGACAGCUGGCAAAAACAACACCACGUACACCAGCCUCAAGACCAAGCUCACCAACGUCAUCAGCUCAGCCACCGACACAGAGGAAGUCCACAUCAUGCUCGAUGCCCUCCUUCCACCCGACUCGUACUUCCGCUUUAACCCUUAUUUAAACGAGGACAUCGCCCUGGAUGAGAGCCGUGGUGAGAAGCUGAACCUGCUGCAGGCCGAGGGCCUGCGCUAUCUGGACCGGAACCAUGAGAAGCUGCAGAAAGCUGCCCGGAUACUCACCAGGGACAAGACCACCGUGCAGAGGCUGACUGAGUGGGCCAAGCUCAAACGUGACAUGUACGAUGGUAUUCCCAUCUUCAACUCCAAGCUGUAGUGGAGUAGGUCCCAGGCUCCACCACCACACAACACUAACUUCACCUAAAACUGGACUCUCUCCUAACACUGAAUCCAUACAUAUAGUAAUAGAAUGUAUAUGUUAGUCUCUGGUUGUAAACGGUGUAUUUUAAAUUGGUAGAAUACGUUUGCUGUUGUGUUUUUACUGCACCCAUUUACGUGUUACUGCACCCAUUUACGUGUUACUGCACCCAUUUACGUGUUACUGCACCCAUUUGUCAGUGACUGUUUGCAUGCUCUGGCAGCACUUGGAGGGGAGGGUGAGAGAGAGGGGUCUGGCAACACUUGGAGAGGG